GUGACCCAGCAGCCUGACGCCUCAUCUCCGCCACGCUUGCUUAUGAAUCAAGGACUCUAGAGUCGUGUGUGCACACGCACCUAAACACAUGCACACACACACACGCGCGCGCGCUUUUUUUAACUCCCCUCCUUCACUCUCUGAAGCCUGGGGAGAAUCAGUGACAGAGGUGUUUCGUUGUUGAGUGGGUUUUGCCUUUUUGCUUUUUUUUUUUUUUUUAAACAUUCAAAGCAAUUAAUGAUCAGAUCUAGGGGGAAAACAAAAACCCUGAAUAGAAACAAAACUUUUGAAUGCUGGAUUCCAAAAAAAAAAAAAAAGUUAUCUGGACAGCUUCUUUGAGACUAUUUAAAAACUGGCCCAACAGGUCUCUACAACGUCAAGAUCUAACUAAGCUUUAAAAGGUCAAGAAGUUUUAUGGCUGACAAAGGACUUGCUCCUGCGCAGAGGACGCAGAGGACGUUUCCCACCUAAACUUCUGGGGAUUUGGGAAUUUCGCCCCAUUCUCUUCCGUUUGUUGCAUCUCUCUGCAAAGCAAGGGCUGAAAUAGUUUUCUUUUGUUGUUUUAAGGGAGCCAGGCGGGCGGGGGACCUGAGUUGGCCGCAGGCAACUGUUCUAUAGGCUUGUCUUACCGGGCCGGCCGAGUGGUUAUUUUCUCCUCCUGUGGGUUUGACAUUUGUUGGUUUCUGUUUGGGUUUGGAGUGGGACUCUGGCUAGUGGCAUAAGGAGUACUUACUUUAACGAAUUUAUUUUUCAGCAACAGAGAGGUAGAUGUGACUGGCAACAACUUUUUACCCCUUCCCUUUUUUGUUCUACUCAGAACUAAAAAGCAUCCCUCCCAUCAGCAAAGCCUGGUAAUAAUGACUCCACCUGGCUGGUUGGCAGGCAUCUGUUUUGCUUUUUAAAAGUCGGCGCCCAGUUGCAUUUGUCCGGACGGUCCCCAAGAUCUGCACUCUUGAUGCUGUCCCCAAGUUCGUGGCCUCAGGGACCUCCUUUUGCUGAAACUGCCUUUUUAGUUCCUUGGUCCCAGAACCCCUUGAAGGCAAUUUGAAUGGAGCCCAGUUUAUUUCCACUUCUGCCCAGCACUGGUACUGCUUCACUGUGGUGUGUGCUGUGGUCGUGUUUUGACUCUCUGGGGAUGAUCCUAAGUGUGUGAGGGGGAGGGAGGGGAAUAUAGAUGCCUUUCUGAAGCGUUAGCCAGUGUCUCUCAUUCUUCCCACCUUCCGCCGGUUAGGCGGUUAUCUUUCAUUACUGGACAGUGUCCCCCACAGAGGGAGGAAACCCAGAGCCAAAAGCAAAAUUCCAGGCCGGAAUGUGGCUUUUGAAGUUCCUGGUUCUUGAAGCCGGGCCAGAGGAGACCCUCAGAUGGGCUCAGCCGUUUCUGAGACACGUCAUCACUUUGCAAACUCACCCUGGAAAUCUGACAUAUGCACAUCUCCCUGACGUUCUUUUCCCAUGGCCAUUUGCUUGAAAAAUGCCUGGAUUUUUAUUAAGGAAUUUUCUUAAAGAUUUCUCUUUUUUUCCCCCUCUCUCUGCUGUAUACAUGAUAUCAUCCCCUUCGAUUGCCCCAGCUUAAGGGCAGAGUGAGUUAAUCUAUAGACAAAGGCCAGGGACGAGAGAGAAUUAAAAUCUCGACAGUGGAAAAAGCCACCAAGUGUGGUUUCUGUUAGCAUCCAGUGUUGGCAGGUCUGGCCUUUUCCUAGGGCAAACGAGGUUUCUGCAGGAUCGAAAUGGAUAGCUGGGAGUAUGGCCACCCUGCUCCACGAUGCAGUAAUGAAUCCAGCAGAAGUUGUGAAGCAGCGCAUGCAGAUGUACAACUCGCCGCACCCGUCGGCCCUCAGCUGCAUCCGGACGGUGUGGGGGACGGAGGGCUUGGGGGCCUUCUACCGGAGUUACACCACGCAGCUGACCAUGAACGUUCCCUUCCAGUCCAUCCACUUCAUCACCUACGAGUUCCUGCAGGAGCAAAUCAACCCUUACCGGGGUUACAACCCGCAGUCCCACAUCAUCUCAGGCGGGCUGGCCGGAGCCCUGGCCGCAGCCGCCACCACCCCCCUGGACGUCUGCAAGACCCUCCUCAACACUCAGGAGAACGUGGCCCUCAACCUGGCCAAUGUCAGCGGCCGGCUGUCGGGCAUGGCCAACGCCUUCCGGACGGUGUACCAGCUCAACGGCCUGCCCGGCUACUUCAAGGGCGUGCAGGCCCGCGUCAUCUACCAGAUGCCGUCCACUGCCAUCUCCUGGUCCGUCUAUGAGUUCUUCAAGUACUUCCUCACCAAGCACAAGCUGGAGAAUCGAACUCCUUACUAAAGGAUCGGGCUGUGGGAAGUGAUUCCAGAGUCUUUGGUGGUGCAAAGGCUUUCCCUGCCUGCCCGCUCCCCUGCCCUCACACCAAGAUUAUUGGGGCAGGGCGUUGGCAGGAUGGGCCUUCUGCUCCCUGACACCUUAGCGAGAGGAGAGGACAGGACAGCCGCUUACCCGACGGCCGUCCGCAGGGACAUCCCAGGUGGUGGAAGGUGGGGAAAGACUGGCAGGGGAGCGAGAAAUUGCUUUUUCUCUUCCUCCCUCCCCUCCGCCCCCCUCCCCAGAGCCAUGUAGCUUUUUUGCUUCAGUGUAGUAUCUCCUCCCCUAGAAUCAUUGGUAGACCACACAGGAGGGAAGAAAAUGUGCAGUGAUGGAAAACAUUAAAGAGGAAAAAAAAAAGUAUGUAUAUAAAAGUUCCAGUACACAGUAUAAAAUAGA